AUGUCUGACGUGGAGAUCUGGUUCAUUGAAUGGACUUACACUCUUGACCUUGACCGCGAGAUUUUUACAGUUGACAAUGCGCUGCAUUUCAAAUUCACAAAGAUACCUCGCUAUGAUCGUUGGAUUCGUUACAUCGGCAAAGAUAGCUAUGAUCGUAGGGCUUUCAAACCCUCCACACCCAAGGAAAUAAUCGGCGACGUUACUUGCAUCCCACAGUUUAAUCGAGCUUCAAGAGACCGAUAUAAAACUCUCAACCCUGAGAUUGUGCCUCCGAGGUCUCUAGUCCCUGACUCGGAAGAAGUGGUCAUCCAUCGGGAAGCCCUGUUUUGGAUUGUCUUCUCCCUCACACACCGUCGAUACUCCCCUAUACUCGAUCAGUUCUUUCCAGAAUGGGACUCGAACAGCUUCGGUUUCAGGGAGCUCGCGUUCGCAUUCCUAUCCAUCACAGCCGGUGAAAUGAGUUUUGAGUAUCCCGAAUCUCUCAACAGGAAUUACAGUCGCGAGGGCUAUUUUCUCAUUCCCGAAGCCAGAUUGCACAUCGGUCAGCAGAGCCUUCUGCCUAGAUUCUUACAUGAGAGUCAUGCUCCUGGGCUCGAGCCUGGGGCGGCUCCAAAAGAGACGACCUACUGGAUGAACAAUGUUAUCAUUCAUCUGGCUACCAGGACUGAUUUGGUUGAUGUCGAGGAAGCAGCGGUUGCUGAAGUUGUCGAAUUCGGCCUCAAUGCGGGAAUGAACUCGUUUUACGCCAUGGUCUUUUCGAUAUUGGACGUUGUUCUUGUCCGCGUACAAACCCACCAGGACGGAAUCGUGCAUGUUCGGAGGUCGCCCCUGAUGGCCUUGGUACAUUUCAAUGACAAAAAUUCCAGAUUCGCCAACGGUCCUCGCUCCAGAGACUCUGGUCCGAGUGAGGCUACCACAUCUGUCACGGAGAAAGAGUCGGAAGACGAGAUCUCAAGCCAAUCAGAGUCCGAUGACGUUGAACCUGAGGAUGAGAAAGACGGAGAAAUCGCCACCACCAUUGUCAAGGAGUCGUACGAGGAUGAAGACUUUACGUUCAGUAUGAUGUUGCGGUUCUUUGAUGCAGCCUCCAGGGAGCAUCUAGCGGGUGAGGCGUCUCGUAUAGUCCCCAACGAGAUUAUGACUACCGUCAUGGAAUUCUCAGAUGCCCGAACGCAUCAAAUGCUACGGAAAACAUCGGCUUGUUGCCAACGACUCGGAAACAGCAGGAUCCGGUUGAAUGACUAUUACGCCAUCGUUGGAGCGGAUAGAAGACAGGCACCCGAGCUAUUCAUCAUCGAGGAUUUACGCACCGGAGAAAGAAUAAACUCGAUAGUGAGCUAUAGCUCCAAGUCUUAUCAUCAUCUCGCCAACAUGAAAUCGUCUAUUGAGCUGAAUCCGGUCAUUGGUAUAGCAGAUGCCAACAGUCCCCGAAUGACUAUCAUCGAUACCGUCAGCUUUUACUUGUCAAACCUAUCAGCAUCGGAUCCAAAAUACACGGAAAAGAUAGAACUGCCAUGGUAUGAGCAGUACAGUUACACUGGCGGAUUUGCCAAUCCCGGUACCGACAACAAACUCUUCGAGUUGCCCACGUACUUGUAUCCCGGAUCUUUCGAGGACGCCUGGGGUCAAUUCAUCACGGCGCUGAUUCGAAGCGGUGAAAACUCGGCCUAUCGGUUCGUGAUGCUCAACAAUGCAAAAUGGCAGUGUCUCCUCCCCCCGCGUUAUCGGCAGCUGAGGAUGGACCAUUUGUUCUGUAAUGGACUGCAAGCCUUUGUGCGUCACCCCGAUGACGAAAGUCCCGUGGAAUGGGAACAAACCAUCAACUACGCCGUCGUUCAACUUGGCCUCACGGAGUUCAGUCGCCGCCGAGAGCAGAAUGUCAAGGGUCGUCCGAUUUUGGUGGCCUUCGGAACUAAUGCGAGGCUUUUCUACUAUGUCUAUCGUCGCGACGAAACCCCGGCCGUUCCAGCAAACCCAAGUUCGUAUAGCGUUCGGGUUGCGGAAUCCUGCACCAAUUCGGACGGAAGGCAGCGCCUGGUUGAGCUGUACCCCGGAGACAGCCCGCUCAAUAUCCGGGACCCGGAGGAUCGAGCGAAGCUGGAAGACUGGCUGAUGACUUUUCGCGGCAACGAGGAUUUCGGCACGGAAUGGGAUCCGAUCACUGAGUCUCGCAAGCGCGUUGGGUGUGAUGACUCCAAGACAACUGCCGACCAGGAGGAAAGUGGUGGCGGCGAUGAGGAUGCACAAGAAGGUGAGGGCGAGGAAGCCAGUGACUAA